GCCUUUUCAACAUAAAUCUAAGCAAGAAAAUACGAUGACUGAAAGCAACGAUUCUGGGGAGCCUUUUCAAGUCUUCACAUCUGCUGAUCGCAUUCGUCAAUUGAACGAAAUCGAUAAGGAUGUAGCGAAACUAAUCCACUCGGCUGGACUCGCGAUUCAAGCCCUUACAAACGCAAGAUCUAACGACUCUACAACUCUCGCGUCUGCGGACAACUCGCUCGAUUCUCAUAAGGCUCGAUUCAAGGAAGCUACGUCACAGUACUUUGCGCUUCUUUCGUCAAUCGAUGUUCGAUUGCGGCGCCAGGUCUAUGCUCUGGAGGAAGCUUCAAUUCUUGCGCCGGACUCGUCUUCUAGAACGGGUGAUUCUGGUUCAGGUGCGGCUGCGGGAGGCGCAUCGAACCCGUUGGAUGUUAGCUGGCUGAAUAGUAGGAAGGAUACUGUGGGCAAGGAGAAGGAGGCAGAGCUCUGGGCGGCUGCGAGACAGUUUGUUCAGCAGAUUCACCAGGCCAACUCUGAAGAUAAGGCUACAGUGAAGGUGGAAGGAGAACAGGAGACCAUGGAAGUGGACUAA